AUGUCCUGGAAGCUCACUAAAAAGUUGAAGGAGACGCAUCUGGCACCCUUGACCUCAUCAUUUGGCCGGUCGUCGUCUACUUCGACGAUCAAGGGUGACUCAAAUGGCGACGAGGCCCUGACACCUGUGGCUUCUAACCCGCCCUCCGCCACCCCAUCUACGAACGGGAUUGCCGCCUCAGAGUCUCUUGUCUCCCCUCCUGUGGCGCCUGUGAAUCCAGGAAUCCUUAUUGUGACUCUCCACGAAGGGCGCAAUUUUUCGCUGUCCCCUCAUUUCCAACAGAUCUUCAAUUCGCACUUCCAAAAUAACUCUUAUGCGCCCUCUUCUCUACGCCCAAGCACUUCUUCUUCUCCACAAGCGGGGGAAUCAAUGCCGCCCCCCACUAUCCACGGUCGCUAUUCCACCAAAUACCUCCCGUAUGCCCUCCUUGAUUUCGAAAAGAACCAGGUCUUUGUGGAUGCCGUGUCGGGAACUCCAGAGAGCCCAUUGUGGGCUGGCGACAACACAGCAUUCAAGUUCGAUGUGUCCCGGAAGACAGAGUUGAAUGUACAGCUGUAUCUGCGCAACCCUGCAGCCCGGCCUGGUGCCGGACGGAGUGAGGACAUUUUCUUGGGCGCAUGCAAGGUCAACCCUCGCUUCGAAGAGAGCCAGCCAUAUGUGGAGGAUCCGAAACUCAGCAAGAAAGACAACCAGAAGGCUGCCGCAGCUCAUCAUGAGCAAGGGCGUCAAUUGGGUCAGCAGGGUGCUGAGUGGUUGGAUCUCCAAUUUGGUGUUGGUUCGAUCAAGAUUGGUAUUUCCUUUGUGGAGAACAAGCAGCGGAGUCUUAAGUUAGAAGACUUCGAUCUGCUCAAGGUUGUUGGCAAGGGUAGUUUCGGCAAGGUCAUGCAGGUCAUGAAGAAGGAUACUGGUCGGAUCUACGCCCUCAAGACAAUUCGCAAGGCUCACAUUAUCUCGCGAUCUGAAGUCACACACACACUUGCCGAGCGGUCGGUUCUUGCGCAGAUCAACAAUCCGUUUAUUGUUCCGCUGAAAUUCUCGUUCCAGUCGCCCGAAAAGUUGUACUUCGUAUUGGCAUUUGUGAACGGUGGAGAGUUGUUCCACCAUUUGCAAAGAGAACAACGAUUUGAUAUCAACAGAGCCCGUUUCUAUACCGCAGAGUUGCUGUGCGCUCUCGAGUGUCUGCACGGCUUCAAGGUUAUUUACCGAGAUCUUAAGCCUGAGAACAUUCUUCUCGAUUACACCGGGCAUAUUGCUCUUUGUGAUUUCGGUCUCUGCAAGCUGGAUAUGAAAGACGAGGACCGAACCAACACGUUCUGUGGAACUCCCGAAUAUCUCGCUCCAGAACUUCUCCUCGGCAACGGCUACACCAAGACCGUGGAUUGGUGGACUCUCGGUGUCUUGCUCUACGAGAUGUUGACAGGCCUGCCUCCAUUCUACGAUGAAAAUACCAAUGAAAUGUAUCGCAAGAUCUUACAAGAGCCUCUGACCUUCCCCAGCAGCGAUAUCGUCCCGCCUGCUGCGCGAGAUCUUCUCAGUCGGCUGUUGGACCGUGACCCCGUGCGCCGCCUGGGUGCUAACGGCGCUGCGGAGAUCAAGUCUCACCACUUCUUUGCCAACAUUGACUGGCGCAAGCUUCUCCAGAGGAAGUACGAACCUAGCUUCCGACCAAACGUGGUGGAUGCCCGUGAUACUGAAAACUUCGAUGUUGAAUUCACCAGAGAAGCACCCCAAGACUCAUAUGUCGAUGGCCCCGUCCUGUCGCAAACCAUGCAGCAACAGUUCGAGGGAUGGUCGUACAACCGACCCGUGGCUGGCCUCGGCGAUGCAGGCGGCAGUGUUAAAGACCCGUCCUUCGGUAGCAUUCCGGAGUAAGGUCUCUCAC